AUGGCGGGGGCGCUGCUGCGCGGCGGGGUGCGCCGCUUCCCCUGGCUCUGCAACGUGCUGCUCUACGGCGGGCUCUUCGCGGCGGGCGACGCGGCCCAGCAGCUGUGGCGGCGGCGGCGGCGGGAGCAGCCGCCCGACUGGGCGCAGACGCGGCGCGUAGCGCUGGUGGCCCUCGCCUUCCACGGCAACUUCAACUACGUCUGGCUGCGGGCGCUGGAGCGGGCGCUGCCCGGCCGCCGCCCGCCCGCCGUCCUCGGCAAGGUGCUCUGCGACCAGCUCCUCGGCGCCCCCGUCGCCGUCCUCGCCUUCUACACGGGUAUGAGCAUCCUUCAGAGGAAAGAGGACAUCUUUUCAGACUGUAAAAAGAAAUUUUGGAAUACGUAUAAGACGGGACUGAUGUACUGGCCUUUUGUGCAGCUGUCAAACUUCAUUUUGGUCCCUGUUUACCUGCGAACAGCUUACACUGGGCUCUGUGGCUUUGUCUGGGCUACCUUCAUUUGCUUUUCCCAACAGAGUGGAGAUGGCACAGCAAAGUCAGCAUUUAUGUGGCUCCAAAGAGAGAAGGUCAAUGCAGAUGAAGAAUCAUCAGAGAAAUAAGAACUUUAGUUCUGAACACAUUCUAAAUUGUUAAACUGAGUUUAUGAAAGUCAGUAAACUGCACUGCAGCCUCAUUGCUGUGUUUAAUAUAAACAGUCAUCUCAACAUUUGUUGGUUAGUAUAAGCGGUGGAACAGUUUGUCUUUGUGCCUGUUUAUUUUUCAUAGAAGAGGCCAAUUGUAUAUUGGCAUUUAAUUAGUUUCAUGCUGCCAGCCCAUGUCUUCUGGGAACAACUGACUUACAGGGCAAUGUAAGCAUUUGCACAUCAUGUCAGACCGCCUCACUGGGGAGAAAUAUUAACUGUAAUUUAAUUUUCAAGCAACUUGUAAUUGCUAGAAAAAGGGGAAUAGAACAUUAAAUCAUCAUUUGUCGGACUUGACAAUUGUUAUCGGUGCAAGAUUGCUUUUGCAGAACAAAAUUUAAUGGAUUUCUUAUCUAAAAAGUGGCAUUGAAUCUGUUUUAUUCAGAGAAAACGAAAGUGCUGUUUUGUAGGGACCACUUUUCUAUAGGGGCAAACUUGCUUUAUUCUACAUGAAAAUCUAUAUAGCAAAUGAAUUAUUUCACAGAAUGUACAAAGCUGAAAUAUAUUUGUACACCUUUUAUCUUAACUAGGAGAAUAAAGAUAACUAACUUUGAUCAGAGUUUUUUGGGGUGGAUGCUGCAUAUUGACACUUGGGGGAAGCAUCAGUCAUAAGCAGCUCCUGCACAAUGGAACCUGACUAAACACUGCAGUGAGCUUUUGUUAUA